CCGCGUGUCGGGGCCUGAGUGACGGCGACAGGAGGCGGUGGCACCCGGUGCUGGUCCCGGUCCCAGCCCCAGCCCCGCCGCAGGCCGCGCCGCGCCCCAGGUCUGCCAUGCUCGCCCUUCCCCUCCUCGUCCUCCUGGCCUCCGCCAGGGGAGGCCCAGCGGCCGGCCUGGCCCUCACAGCCCGCACGCUCUUCCCGUGCUACUCUGCUGACCUCAAGCCGGCGUCCGAGGUCCUCGUCUCAGCCAGCGGCUGCACCGUGCUCUUCAGCGUCGAGCCGCCGGCAGCCGGCACAACGGCGUCCUGGGAGUACGAAUCCGGCCCGCGCAAGGCGGUCAUCGCCACGUACGUUCCCAACAAGUCGGCCGAGAUCUCCGGCAUCUACGAGGGCCGCGUGAGCUUCAACGAGACGGACUUCUCGCUGCAGAUGGUGCUGCGGUGGUGGGACGGGGGGCUCUACCGCUUCCGCUCCGAGUCGGAGGCCACGGGCUGGUUCGAGCUGCGCGUGGUCGAGCCGCUCUCCGAGCCAGAAAUCCUGGGCAACUCAUCGGUGGAGGUGGGAGGCAACACCAAGCUUUUCUGCAACGUGUUGGAGGGGCAGGUGGACUUGUACUGGUGGAAGAGGAACGGGGAGCUGCUGAUGGAGAGCAACGGCCUCCACUUCGUCCACAACAACACGCUGGAGAUCCACCGAGCCUUGAUGAACGACACCGGCUACUACACGUGCAUAGUCAGCAACGCGGUCAGCCAGAACGAGACCUCCUUCCUGCUGCGCGUCCACAGCAACGACAAGGCGUUUUUACCCAUCAUCCUGGUGUUCGUUAGCAUCGGCUUGCUGGCAGGGAUCUUUGUCUGGUGCAGGUUGAGGAGCAGCCGAGACGAUCGCUCUAGGUAAUUUCUGAGAAUUUAGCACUGGAAAAGCCAGAGGUUUCAUUGUCCUCAGCAUUAUCCCUAUGGAGAUACUCUCUUGAGAGAGCGGAAGUGCAUCCAGGAGAGGGUAAAAUCAUGUCCCAUGGUGGGAGUGAUUGCUAUGCUUGCAAGUGUUCAGGGAAGCCAAAUGUUACAGAAAAAAAUAUAUUUUCAAACUGUUUUGAGUGUUGCCCAUAAAUCGUUUGGGGAAAGUGUAUUUUUUCAUGUCUCUUGCUGCAAAUAAAACGUGUUAUCCCUGUUA